ACUAUGCGUACUUUUAUUUGAUAAGCCAAUAAAGUUAUACAACACAAUCAAUUGUUUUAUUUAUUUAUUCUCACUGCACUCCUAACCAUAUAAGUACUCGUUGGCCAUUUAAAAUUCAAACAUGAAAAUCGAUUUGUGGCUAAUAGUUACAGUGGUGUCGAUCACCUCGGUCCACGGCACAAUAGACGUUAACCUCUCCGAGUUGGAAUACUUGGCAGCUCGUCUAGACCUUCAAGAGUGUCGUCGACUCGUCGCCGCUCUUCAUUAUCACAACUAUGAAUUGCCAGAGAAUUUGGAAGACGCUGAGAGCAACAUCGGCGAAGACAUGUCUUGCCUGCGGCUGCUGUUGCACUGGAAUUCCAGAGUAUCGGAAGGCCUCGGCCAGUCGCACGAGCUUUUAGAGCGUCGAUUACGUCAGUUGGGUCGUCGUGAUUUGGCAGAUUGGCUCGGUAAAACAACCUUCCGUGAGCUCGGCAAAGAUCUGCUACGAUCCAUCAAUGAGCCAUUUCCCGACGUGACAACCAUGAGCAGCGAAACGACGUACGUUAUACGAGAGAAAUUUCUACAUACGAAUAGAACAUGGCAAAUAGAUAGAUGUCAAUUUCCGUCAGAGCCUACCACUGUCAUUACUCCAAUAUUCGUAGUGGCUUGGUAGCGACGACUAGUGCAGCAGAGCUGCAAGAGAUCGACGAUGAUUGGAGUGACGAGGAUUUCUGGAUGAUGAUCGAAAUGCUAAUGAUCGGUCUGUUUUAUCUGCUAUUAUUCACUUCGGUCUUCGUUGCCGGUGCACUCGUUAUCGACAAAUUCGCUUGGUGCGACGACAAUGAGGAAGUAGUAUCAGUCGACAAUGGAAAGCUGCUAUCGAUCAACUGAUACGCGCACACGUGGCCUCAAUUUUUUGGAAAGAGAGAGAGCUUGUUCUACUCUAUGCUCUGUUGAGACAUACAUGGCUGCAAGCGCAAUUGCGCGCUUGCGAAGAGAACGAUUUGACGGAGCCGACCUUGACCACGAGAACACGAGGGCGCCGCCGCUAGGGGACAAGGUCGUGUUUUGUGUGUGUGUGCGUGCGUGUGUCUGUGCGCGCGCGUGUGUACUUGGUUGAGAGGAUUUCAAUCAACGCCUCUCUUUUUGCUUUCCUUGCUGUGACCAUAAACUUUUUCAAUUUUCGGCCUAUUGAUGUUUUUAUUUGUUUUCUUACUUUCAUUUUUAUUUAGUUUUGAAUGGACAAGCUAUAAAUACUGUUAUGCACGAAAUAGACGAGAUGAUGAACGCUUAGUGUUCUAUAAUUAAGUUCUACGAGAGAAUAAAAACUUAGAAUUUUUACAUAUAUCAAGAUUGCAUUAAAACUUGAUAUGAC